AAGAUCUCAGUUGUCUGAAAAAUUCCAGAUGAGUACACUGAAGCCUGAGGGAAUGCACCAAAUCACUAAAAUUCUGUGGAAUUCAAAUGUUGUUCUGCUUGUACCAAGGGAUUCCCAAUGAGUCAACCCAUGAAAGCAUUCCACACCAGCCAUUACACAAUUACCAGCAGCCUGUAACUGAGACGACAGACAAGACGACCCCAUGGGUCACUGACUUUUCCCCAUAUCCUGAUCCUUCCUUCUGUGCCAGCCAGCAGCAGCAGCCAGGAUUCUUGAGACUAGGAGAUGUUUUUCCAGUCCUCCUAUGUCCAGAGUUGGCAUUCCUUAGCCCCCUGCAACUUCCUUCUGUUUUCUACUUACAAAAGAGAAAUUGGCUGUCAUAACCAAUAAGCAGCAUAGUACAAAAACAUUUGCUUUGAAGUGCCUCUUUUCACCACCACCAUUAUAUCUGACUGUACAUUGACCAGCUAAAUCCUUUCUCUUAUUUUUCAGAAGCCUACAGGUUUGGUACGUUAUUUAUGCACAUGUGUGUACCUUAUACACUCACUUUCACACAUCUGUAGCAUUCAAAGCCACUUAACAUUUAAGUCUUAGCAUUUUGUCUUUAAUUUGUGCACACGAUCAGUCUGUGCCUUUUAAACAGCCUUACAUGCAUCUUAUGAUGCUGUCAGUGAUUGAGAAUUUUAGUUAUGCGGGAAGGGCUGGUGUACUUAAUGAAGUAGUCACUUGCUGUACAUAACAAAAUCUGGUCCGAGUUGUUAUGUGAUGUUUGUGCUAUUGUAAAAUAUAAUGAAUUAAGUAAUGAAUGAAUAUUAACUUGCUUUAUUUUCCUGUCAAUUAGGAUAAACACAAUGAUUCACAGCCUUUUUCUCAUCAACACUACUGCUGAUAUAUUUCUGGAGAAGCACUGGAAAAGUGUAGUGAGCCGGUCUGUAUGUGAUUACUUUUUUGAAGCUCUUAGCAAAGCAUCUGAUCCAGAAAAUGUGCCUCCUGUCAUUCCAACUCCCCAUCAUUAUCUUAUUAGUAUCUUCUGUGAAAAAACCUUUUUUGUUGCUGUCAUUCAGAAUGAAGUGCCUCCACUUUUUGUAAUUGAGUUCUUACAUCGUGUUGCAGAAACACUUCAGGAUUACUUUGGUGAGUGUUCAGAAACUUCAAUUAAAGAUAAUUUAGUUAUUGUAUAUGAGCUUCUGGAAGAAAUGCUAGACAAUGGCUUUCCUUUGGCCACAGAAUCUAAUAUCUUGAAAGAGUUGAUCAGGCCUCCAACAAUCCUACGAUCAGUGGUCAACACAAUCACAGGAAGCAGUAAUGUUGGUAAUAUGCUGCCAUCUGGUCAGCUCUCCAGCAUACCAUGGAGAAGAGCUGGUGUGAAGUACUCAAAUAAUGAAGCGUACUUUGAUGUUAUAGAAGAAAUAGAUACUAUUAUAGAUAAAUCAGGAUCCACAGUUUUUGCUGAAAUCCAAGGUGUUAUAGACGCUUGUAUUAAGCUGACGGGGAUGCCUGAUCUAACAUUAUCCUUUAUGAACCCCAGGCUCUUGGAUGAUGUAAGCUUCCAUCCAUGCGUUCGCUUUAAGCGCUGGGAAUCUGAGCGAGUCCUUUCCUUUAUUCCUCCAGAUGGCACUUUCCGGCUGAUGUCAUAUCACGUCAGUUCCCAGAAUCUGGUAGCCAUCCCUGUGUAUGUGAAACAUAACAUAAGCUUUCGAGAAAGUGGAGCGUCUGGACGAUUUGAUGUCACGAUUGGGCCUAAGCAGACCAUGGGGAAGACCGUGGAGGGAGUUGUUGUUACUGUUCACCUACCAAAAGUGGUGCUCAAUACGGACCUGACAUCAACCCAAGGCAACUACACAUUCGAUCCUGUGACAAAGAUAUUAGUGUGGGACAUUGGAAAAAUUAACCCUCAGAAGUUACCGAAUCUUAAAGGGACUUUGAGCAUGCAGUCCGGUGUGCCCAAACCUGAGGAAAACCCCAGUCUGAACAUCCAACUGCGAAUUCAACAGCUUGCAAUUUCAGGUCUUAAGGUGAACCGUCUUGAUAUGUAUGGUGAGAAAUACAAACCAUUUAAAGGUGUCAAAUAUGUCACGAAAGCUGGAAAGUUUCAAUUCAGGACCUGAGUUGUUCCGCUCGAAGUACUUAGAAUGCUGGGAGAUUUCACUGUGACGUGUGGAGUAGUGGAAUUAAGUAUUGUGUAGCCAAUCUCUUAUUGAAAGAUCACACUUAACGCUGCAUUCCUCUGCUCUUUAAACGCCGUACAUUCACAUACUGAGCUCCUAUUUUAAAUCUGCCAUUAGAAUGAUUUACAUCGCAUACACGUAGACGUCUGGUACUUAAUGUAUAUUAACAUCUUGCAUUUCAGAGAAGACGAUUUCUUUUACAUUGAUUAAACCAAAUAUAAUCUACACAUCAUAAUAAUUACAAUUUUGAUACUACCCUGAAAUGAGUCCUUCUCAAGCCUACUCCAUAAUCCACUGUUUUACUGUAAGACACUACAUUUUUGCAAGAAAAAAUUAACCAGAGCUAAUUAUAUUUAAAUAACCCUAAUAGAGCACAGCUCUGAGUAGAUCUCCGUCUUUGCAAUAAUUUGUUUACAAUCAGAUUUGUACGUUUAAAGAGAAUACUGCACUUAAAUAUUUUGGUAAAAUGUGUGCCGAAAUUUGAAAUGUUGUAGCCAUUGUUUAUGUCACUGAAUAAACUACAGAAGACAACCUAUUAAUCAAUCGUAUUUUUAAAGCAA